AUGGCGACAGCACCAUCUUCACCCCUGGCCAGCUCUCCAGAGAAGACAAAUGGAAACAAGCUGAGCAGGCUUCUCAUCGAUGGUGGAACAACGGUGCUGAGGAAUAUAUUCGAUCACUAUCACCCACCUGUCAACUUGGCUUCUGAUCUCAAUUCCAAUUACUCCGUUCUUAACAACCUUUUGCGUAAAAGAGUACUUAAUGGCCAUCAGUGGGACAAACUCUUCCCCCCUGGAGGAGGGGUGCCAGACUCCAACACGUUUGACAUCACUCUUCUGUCCCUGCUGCUAACUACCAUGUGCGGCUUAUCCCGUCCCCUGACAGGGUGGCACACCAAGCCAUCCCCUAGUGACAACUCUCUUGAGGCUAACCUUGCUCGCGUCAAGUUCUUUCGCAAUGAGCUAUAUGGUCACGUGACUUCCACUGGUGUAGAUGCGACAUCUUUCUCCUCCUUCUGGCAAGAAAUAAGCAUUACUCUUCAUUCUCUUGGUUUAGAUCAAGCACAAAUUGACAGACUGAAGGCAGAGCAUGGAGGAGAGGAAGAUUACCUUGAUGCCUUAAUUGAGUGGGCUGAGAGUGAACAGGACAUAAAAUCCCACCUGAAGGAUAUACACCUGACGCAACUAAAACUUAGUAAAACAGUUGAAGAUGGCACUUUAAAGCUGGAAGAGCUACGUCAAGACCUAAGCAAAACUCAGGAUGUUGUAGAUGAAGCAGUGGAAAUAGAACUCAAAGGACAACAAGAAAUGAGGGCAGUACAGUCACGUUUGGAGGGAGUAUGUGAGUCCCAAUCCAAAACCAGCCAAGCUGUAGACGAAAUUCGUGAAUCAAUUCAAGAGGUAAAACAGGAAGUAAAAAGCUGGACGCAAAAGAGAAACGAGCAGGCAGAUGAGGUGCUGAGAACUCUUGUGAAGUCCGAAUUCAAAGGAGACAUAGAUUUUCAUGCAAAGAAAUUCCAGGAAGGUACUCGUGAGUGGAUCUUCAAAAGCAUUGGAGACUGGUUAGAUGACCGAGCAUCGCCACAUCGUGUGAUGGUAAUCAGUGGAAAUCCAGGGAUGGGAAAGACUGUUAUCUCCGCUGUUGUUUCUCAAAGAAUGCAAAUAGCUGGAAGAUUGUCAGGAAGCCACUUUUGUCAGCAUGACGAUUCACGGUACCGAGAUCCACGUUUAAUGCUCCAGUCUUUGGCCUGUCACUUGUGUCAAGCGAUGCCAAAUUACAAAGAUGCCUUGGUGGAACAGCUGUCAAGAAAUCUGGGUAAAGACCUCAACAACAUGGGUGUAAAAGAGCUUUUUGCGUUGCUGUUCAAAGAGCCUCUAAGCACAGUACAAGAUCCUGGAAGAAACACCCUAAUGGUCAUUGAUGGCCUCGAUGAAAGCGAGUACCAAGGGCACAAUGAGCUUCUACAUGUAAUCAGUAACCACUUUUCUAUGCUUCCAGUUUGGAUUAGAAUUUUGAUCACAACUCGUCCAGAGAGAAGCAUAAUAGACGCAUUGCGACAUUUAGAGCCAAUCGAGCUUGAACAAAAGCAAGAAGAGAACUUAAAUGACAUUCAAACCUUGUUUGAAAUACAGCUAGGCCACCAAAUCGCUGAAGAACAUAAAGAUAUUCUUUUGAAAGAGCUGGUUAAGAAAUCAGAAGGCCUGUUUAUUUACGCUUACUUUUUAGUGGAUUUUAUCCAAAAGAAUGUUUCAAUUCUCACUCCUGAUCAGCUGGAAAGGGUAUUGCCUUCACAUAUUUCAUCCGUUUACUUGUCCUAUUUCAAACGUUUAGAGAAUGAACUUUGCAAAGCACUUAACGCAGAUGAGGAAACUUUUUUGCGUUUCCUGUGUGCAUUGACUGCUGCAAGGGAACCAUUACCAGUAGAAUUUAUUGCCAAAAUUCUAAACCUGGAGGUAAAAUCUUUGACUGCGCAGCGAAAAGUUAACAAAGCAAUAUCUUGCAUCUCUACACUGUUACCAGUUCGCGAGGGCCGUCUUCACUUCUUUCACAAGUCAAUCAAGGACUGGCUAGUAGCAUCAUCGCCCUAUGAACAACAUGAUUUCAAGGUGGACGAGAAAGAAGGUCAUAUCGUCCUUUCUGAUCUUUGUGCCUCUGAACUGGAUAGCAUCAAGGAAAAAGGGGUUCAUGGCAGACAGUUUACGAACACUGAAAGAUAUGCGUUGCAUCAUGGUACCCAGCACAUACUGGAAGUUAAUGAUCACAUCAGCGCUGACAAAUCAAGAACCAGUUGUGUUAAAGCAGGACAGGUCUACCAAUAUGCAACGGACCUAGAGCUUAUUUAUGCAAAACUUUGUAUUAAGAGCACAUCCAUCAUAGAAGAUCUUCUCGGUCUUCACGGCGAUAAUUCCAGUAUUCUAAGCGACGAAAGAGUUUUUUUUGUGACUUCUCUCCUCAGUCUAUUAAGAAAACACUCUUAUUAUCUUCUUGAUCAUCCUCAUCUUUUCUUCCAAUGUUUGAUUAACGAAGGGAUUCCUGAAUUGUCGUCUUCAGCAGCAAUUAUCCUUGAAUCGUCAACACCCAAAAUACCCUUCAUGAAAUACUUAGACAACGAAGAACAAAAGGGAGCCGAGCAGGCACGAUUUUGCUGUUCCCACAAAGUAGUAUGUUUUGAUGUGUCACCUGAAAGGGAUCACUUGGUAUGCGAGUCUUCAGAUUCAACAAUACAUCUAUGGUCUCUUCAGACGGGCAGCAAAAAAUGGGUUCGACCGAUACUAGCAAAUAAGGAGUUUUUCUCCUCUGAUGGAUAUCCAGCGGACACUGCAUAUCGCCGUGUAGGCCCAAACUUCUUAUCAUUUUAUAGUUCUGUGACAUUUCACCCAAGUGGCAAAUUAGUACUUCCAGGAACUCUUAAAUUCGUCUACACUAUAAGUGGAGAAAGAGAAGAACUUUUUCCUGACAGUGAUUGUACAUUCGCAAAUUGUGCCUAUUGCAAGCACAAAAAUACUUUUUUAACGGACUGCCCUACUGAGCCAAAGCGCCUAGAUUUGUGGAACAUGGAAAAUGGCAAAAUACUUCUUUCCAUAGUCGAUAUUAAGGAACUACAAGACAUUUCUUCUUUUGCCAUUUCUGAAGAAGGAGAAAAAAUUGCUAUUUCUGAUGUUACUGGUAAUAUUUUUCUUGUUGAUUCAGUCAAUUUAGACUUCACACUGAUAUGUAAAAGUAAAGCAGUGUGUGGAUUGAUCCAUUUUACAUCUGAUACCAACUUUCUUGCUUGUGGCUAUCUUCGUUUAUGGUUAUACCAAGACCGUGGCUUCUAUAAAGCUGAAUUCUUUGACCCACCAAAGCUUUUGUUUUUGCCUUAUCCUAGUAAGGCUGAGACCUUUCAUUUGUGGCCAUCCACUUCCUCAAGUUCCUUGAAUAGUUGCGAUUUUAUGCUGCAAAAUACGACACGCUGCUGGGUCAGGAACGUAAGAAAAGUAUUCCCCCGCCUGAAGGCAGGUUCUUACACGCGACUUAAUGUUGAAACAGUAUUGGUUGGUAGCCCAGAUUUCAAUUAUGUUGCAGUGUUAAAUAUUGGCCAACUAAACGGGGCGUCUGAUUCUGAUUCGUCUUAUUCAUAUGGAUAUGACGACGAACUUAAAAGUAUUGCCCUUUCUGUUAAGGGAGAUACUAUUUAUUCCACUACGUCAAAAUAUGACUGUCGUACAUAUGAAAGUAAAUUAACCGCAACCGUUUUGAGAAUGUCAAAUCGAAAAAUCCUGGACACAAAAAUAUUCUCUGAAUCUGUGUCCAUUGUUCCAACGGGGGAAGGUGUUGUCCUGUUUAAGAAUGGUACGGUAGCAGAGUUAUGGAACUUUGAGAUGUCUACGUUCCUUCGUCCUCUUUUCGUGGGUAUCGAAAAAGGAAAUCUUUGCUCUAUUUCGCCUGACCAGUUAGCUUAUUGGUAUGUAACAACUUCAGAUGAAUCAGGCCAUGAAAUGGAAACCCUCGUUAUCAAAUUCUACGAUGUAACUGGAGCUGGAAGUGGGUUUAUUUCACCCGUGAAGAUCACUUUUGAUGCUGGUGAAGAGGUAGAGUUAAUUUCGGUAAUUAGUCCAAACCUGGUGCUAAGUUGCACCUCUAAGGUGGUAACAUUUGGAACAACAAUGUCAGCGGAUGACGUGACCGUCAGUUUAAGAAAAAAUGGUUCAGUUGUAUGGAAAAGGCGAACGUUAGAUGAGGAAUUUUUUCAACCACACCUGCUUUGUUCUCCUAAAAAUGAGUUUGUUGUCACGUGGAACACACUGGAUGGAGGUAAUGGCCUACAUAUACUCAAUGCGGAUAAUGGAGAAACGCUGCACGUCUUCCUUAGAGACCAGAAAGCUAUUAUUGACUGCAAGUUUUUAGGUGAUGAAUCUCUGAUUUUCUGCAGCAAGGAAAACUUUCUUCGUUUGUAUAAUGUUCGAACCGGGGAUAUGCUUAGUGUGCUAGACAUUGGAGAGCGACCAUUUUGUUUGGGAGCCUGUCUGUACCAGCCUCUUGUCGCAGUUGGUUUGUCCGGCACAAGAACAAAAUUCGUCCAUGUACAGCUGUCAACAGAAUCUAAAAAAAGGUGAGUUUUCCCUUAAAAUGUCAAAAAGGACGUUUGUGCAUUUUGCAUAAGCUAGCCGUUCUCACACCACAACAUCAUGGGUGACAAACAAUUCAGUGGAACCUUGAUUUAGCGAACCUCUACAUAGUGAAGUCCUCAGUGUAACGAACGAUUUUCUUCAGCCCGGCCAAAAUUACAGUAACAUGUAUGGAACCUUGAUUUAACGAAAUCCUCGCUUUUUUGCGAACACAAUCCACAAGCGCAAACGUAAAGUAUACCUCGAUAUAACGAAUAAAUGUCAGCCUGUGAUAAAAGAUGAAUGCCAAACAGACCAGCAAGGAUAAAAUUUACGUGUACGUGUAGUUUUUUACGUGUACAGUAGUUCUUGAGUUUUUAGAGCAGUAGCUCGGCUGAGAUAUUUUUACAGUAAUUUUCAGAUCCGGAAAAUUAAUGCUGGAUUCUGUAAAUUAAUCAUUAACUAUACCUCGAUAUAACGAACAUUUUGGUAGUUUUCCCGAAAAUUCGUUAAAUGGGGGUGUUCGAUAUAACGAACCCUCGAUAUAACGAACAAAUUUCCCCAGUCCCUUAGCACUUCGUUAAAUCGAGGUUCCACUGUAUUUUAUUCUUCCUCAGUUUGCACGUAACGUAAAAAAACACCCAAUUACCUGUAAAGGAGUUAGACCAGGGAACAUACGAGUUGCCUGCUGAGAGUUGGGCAUGAUCAACUCAAUUCAACGUGUCUUUUUUUUUUUUUUUUGCCAUGAAUUCAGACAUGCGGGGCCGUAGCUACCUGUACGCCCGUAAAAAAAACAGGUACUGUCAAAAAUGUCGAAGUUUGAUAAAAAACAAACCAAAAUUUAAAAAAACUGCAAUUGUCUAUAUUACUCUAUUUAGACCUAACCCCGGUUUUUUGACGCGCAAACCGACACGAAGGCCAUUACCGUUGCCUGCAGAACACGGUCCAACGCCACGAGAGAUGUUUACCUAACAAGAUUGAUAACAAGACUGGAAACCAUUCCGGUCAUGAGUCAUUCCCGCUAAGAUAAGCGAAGCUUACCUGCGGGCUCACGUUAGUUUGUAACAAUGUUUGCAUGAUCAUAUUGAUUAUUAAAUUGUUAUCAGUGUAGCUCUUAAAGAACUGGUACUUUUUUCCCUAAAUUUCUUAGCAACUCGAAGAUUGUUUUGACAAAAUUAACAUGUGAUACGGCAUCAAAUUUCGUGACUAUAAUUUUCUUGCAUUUCAAUUUCUGUAAGUAGUGAAUUUCAAUCUUCGAAAACUGCGAAAAUUAGAAUAAGGUUACUUGAUAAGCUUCCAGGUUACUUUAAUUAAAACUAGACUUAAUUUCUUUUUUUUAUUGCAGUCUCAAUUACCAAACACAAGUGAAUUGAGCAACAUCUGAUGAGCUGACACUCGAUGAAAACAGGUGGAUUUGGCAAAUCAGCGUGCACGAACUCUAUUUUAUUGACUUCAGUUUUUUAAUGAACUUUGUAUGUUAACACAGUGGGGGAACAAUAGAGACUGAGAAAUUGGGGUCCGGAUCUUUGUUAAUGCACCCAUUAGACCGGAUGAUUUUAAACAAUUAUUGGAUGAGGUUUUUGGGAUAUUCGGAAUAAUCAAGGCUGUGGCUGAUAACCCGAGACCUUGAUUAUUUAGGAUAUGACAAAAACCUAAUGUAAUAUUAAUACUUGUUUCAAUAUUAUACAUUGUUUUGAAGAAAAUAACGACAAACACACCGUGGCAAGGAACCGAUUGCGCGCGCAAUCUACAGUUCAGAAUAGUCCGCGAAUCUGCUAGCAGAUAACUAACUCAUCUGUAGGUUGCACUGAUAUCUAAAAUUAACUCGAUAAUAAGUACAAUGUAUAAUAAUUAAAGUAAUUAACCGACUGCUUUAAAAUUGUUAUUCAGGCUGAAGACUCGCAUAUAACGGUCAUCUAGUAGCUUACAAAUGAAACUUGCCUUGCACUUCAAACGGUAGUAUUGAAAUUGACGAAAUCUGGACCACAUUUAUCACCGAUCACUAGACAAGCGUUGAAGGUUGAAUAAACGUCCCUUUUGUAAGCUUUAAUCCACGUCCAUCCUUGUCAUCCGUUGCAACAUCCAGACGACAGUAAUCAGUUUCAAUGCCUAAAUUUUAGCCUGCGAGCUCUCUGAUUAGGGCGAGCGAAGCGAGUCUCGCGAGAACUCGCGAGCGAGCGGCGAAGCCGCGAGGGGCAGAGGAAAGGAGAGCUUGCAACGAUCUCUCAUAAAAUUUCACUUGUACUUUCGCUCAGACGAAGGGAAAUACAAUUGGCUCCUUUCCUCGGCCCUUCGCUCGUGCGUUCUCCCGAGGCUCGCUUCGCUCGCCCAAACAGGAGAGCUUUCUCGCAACCUAAAUAUAGUCUUUAUUAACCGAAACUGGACCGAAAAACGUUUUAGCGUUUUAAAAAGAAAGCAAAUAGUGUGUUAAAGCCCCUUUUAGUCAGCUCACUCAAUCCAGUUUUUAUUUCUUAUUACUUAAGGGAGAAGGGGAAGUGGGUUCGCUGGCAAUAAAUCCAAAUCAUAACUUAUUCCGUUACUUUGUUCUGCAUAUAUUACAUUUCAUGGCUGUUAAAGUCAAGUUGUUUUUAAAAAGUAUUGUAAAUUGGACAUGUGUGGAAUUCUAAUACAACGAACUGUGAGGAGACUGGGAUGAAUUGCUAGUUUUAACGGGGUACUUGAUAGGGUGGAAGUUCGAUAUAACAAACUCCCGUUAAAAUGUACAGUCCUUUGGCACUCCGUUAUUACGAAGCAAUAUUACGUCUGCGUCUUAUUCGAUACUUAGGCCCGGUUCAGACACCGAGCUUUUCAUGAGCCGAACCUAAUUCGAAUUAAGGCCUACCCAAACUACUUAGACAGCGUGAAUUGAUUCAGACCCCGAUCUUAAUUCCAGACGAACUAAAUACAAAUAAAAGGAUAAAAAUGCUCAUUUUGGUCAAACUGCUUGCAAAAUGCGUUAUUAUAAUUUAUGCACUAGGUUCGGUAUAUGAAAAGUUCGGCGUCUGAAUCAAAGCCGCCGUUCCAAAGUUGUUCCACAGUCGAAAUUCCCGGCCAGGCUAGGCGUGAAGAACGGCUGAGCCGUUCCAAAUUGAAAAGAUCGGCGUCUGAACCGGGUCUUAGGCAUUUCGAAGUCAGGUCCCCCGAGCUCCUAUCUUAGGGUCCGGAUGAGCGGGCCCUUCAAUGACGUCAAGAUCUGGACCCGUCCCCAGCACUUUACCAGAGUUUUUCGCAGGCGAUUUUUCUUUCUUUAGUUCUUACUUCUCCUUCUUCUUCCUCUUCUUCCUCUCUCAAAACAACUGGUUUAGUUAUUUUAGGACGUGCACCAGUAAUUCUCUUGUUAUCUACGGAGAGGGGGGGAGGUACAGGAGGGUAAAUCUCCCUCCCCCCUACUUUUUCAGCCAAUUUCUCCCUCCUCCCUAAACUUGGUUUAAAAAUUGGCGGCGGGCAACACACGACUCCCGCACUUAGUCGUAAAGGAAGUUAUCCGACCCUCAGAGCUUCGCCUAUACACCAACAUAUCACAAAAAGAGGGCGUAACCACGGUAUGUCACGCAUACGAAGAUCUUUAUGGAGGGAAAGCCCCUAUGCCUUCUAAAUAUCUAAGAAAAAAUACUCGAUCUUAUAUUAAUAUAACAGAAAACUCUUUCCAAUUUUGCAGUAGCAACUACCUACAGACCUAUGGAACAGGCUAAGGAAGUCCCAGGAGACCCAAGGGGAUCGCAGUGUACUUCAAAUUCCCAGUCCCCCAUCCCUUGUCAUCACGCAAGUUUAAUUAAAAAAGCCAUAAAAUUACCUUCUCAUCGAUAUCUCCCUGCUCCCAACGUUUUGUUUUCACCCUCCUUCCUACAUUUUCGCACCGAUUUCUCCUUCCUCCCUACCUUUUCGGGCCAUUUCUCCCUCCUGCCUAUUCUGUUCCUCUCCACUCUUUACGGCCAUCGUGAAGGGUGCACGGACAACAGGAUUUGCCAGACGUUCUAUAUCGGAUGCGGCAAACUGGGACUAGGUAGGAAUGGAGAUGGGGUUAUUUUUGUCGGUGGAAGGGGAAACGCUUCAUGGCACGGGCUGCUCAGACUCUGUGGCAGUUCAUGGGAAUGUGAUUUUUAUAAAAGAAUAAAUGAGAACAAAGAAAAUGCUUUCCAAAUUCCGCUUUUUAAAAACAUCUUGAAAUCUAAAACUUGCCAAAACGACUUUAAAAUGCCCUCAGGGGGAAGCUGACUGUAAAACACACAACACAAACAAUGACUCAUUGUUAUUUGGAAUCUUUAAAAAAAAAGCGGAAUUUAGAACGUAUAUACUUUCUUUGUUCUCACAAAUUCUGUUUAAAAAAAUGAAAAUUUGGAACGAACUCCCUUAGAGCCUGGGCUGCCUGUGUUUAUUAAAGCUCUUGAGUAAGGGGGUGAUUGACUGUUGUUGCUGUUUGAUUCGUUUCUUUUUUUUCUUGUCCAUUAUCGUACUCUUCAGCAGCUUCUCUAAGCUACAGUUCUGUUGAAGGGAAUGAGAUAGCAUGCGUGGCGUGCCUUUUUGCCCCUAUCCAGGACUAAAACUUAUUUUGUUGGAUUAACAAUAAGCGCUUGUCGAUAAUUGGCGCUCAUUGAUGCAAAACAAAACGACACUCCCCUCUUCUAAUUGCAAUAUUUUCGAAACAGUCAAGCAACAUAAGUCUAUGCAAAUGCAAACAAGAGGUUGUCGUACUCAAACUGUCUAAAUUUGAGAUUCAUCGAUGGGCCACGUCACUUAGAACACCUUGAUUCGUUAAGAAACAUGCCCAGGGAUCUACAUGGAAGAAGCUUUGCUAGAGAAUGUGGCAGCCGAAAAGGUAAAUUUAUCAAAAUAGCUUCAGGGCCUUGUGUACGCCACAGAUCGUUUCACAGGGCAUUUAUCGAGGCAUCUAGAUGUAUCCAUCUCGAUAUUUCACCUUUACUAUGUAGUGCUGAGUUUUGUUAAGAUUAUUUCCUUUGCGUUUGGGAUUCUGAAAAUGAAAUUCCGAUCGAUGCCAACAACUUGCACUUUUCAAAGUUUGUAGAAUAUUUUUUAGGAGAGAGCAUAAGAAGCGAAUCGAUAAAUAAUUCUUAAAGCAGAUAUUACAACUGGCCUUAAACUCUUCUCUUUUCUAAGCUCUAUUAGCUUCUACAUGUAGCUACUUGCUAAAUGAAUGUUUAACUCAAGCGUUCUGUCACCAUUAGCUCAUGUGUUUCUAGUAGAAGACAUAACCGACGUUGAUAAUAUCGAACGAAGGAAUAUUCUUUGCGACCCUCAGCAGUGAGGAGACACGUCCUUAUAUUUCUGACUUGAAGAAACCAGGCCGGUUUGAGUUAUGAACGCCUGUAAUCGUCCAAUUCAAGUACAUGCAAGUACGACGUACACCCGUGGGUUUUUUUUCUGUGUAUUGAAGAUGUCUCCAAGUUUAUGCGUUUCUUAGCUUUUCCCUUUGGUGUUAAAAUCGUAGAUAAACCUCAAGUAUGGUGCGCGUCAAAAGCUAACACGGUUGAUAGCCCGCAGCCGCAGUCAAUGCGCGUUUUAUAUGACACACUACUCUUCUGCUUUGGGGAGCAACAGAUCAACAAGCAACGCCUUGUCAGAAAACUUGUAAAGAACUCACAAAUGAACGAAAAAUAUGCCAGUGGUCAUAUCGAUUCUGAAUGUAUAAAGUCAAAUGAUGACUUCAAAGGCAGUGAAAGCUAAUUCAUCGCUUGAAUAUCGAUUACCGUACUUUAAAAUUGAAAAUAGUACAGGCGAUAUGAUUAUGAUGGCAGUCAGGGUGUUCUCCCUUUUAUUCUCUUAUUGAGUGUCGCAAAUUUGAGAAAAUUAAUAUGGUCCAUGUCUGCCUUUUUUGUCGUCUUACAAAUUUGUUUUGCUCGUCAGUGUUACGUUGCUCAGCUAGAUUAUUCUGUUCAAUAUCGCUCUUUAUGAAGUUAAAUAGACCAACAAUUUGUUCAUUCAGGUACUUCAAAAAACUUAUAAUGUAUAAUGCUUGGUUCUAAAAAACGAUCUGGCAGUAAAUGAUUUCCAAACUUUUAUGCCUUAAGUAUUUGCCCUUUAUAUGCAGAAAGAGAAAUUGCCGUGUCUCUUGUAAUUAAAGCAACUGCAUAACUCCCUAAUAUCCAGUAAAGCGAAACCUUGGAACUUCAAAAGCUCUUCUCCUGCUAACGGCGCUCGGUUAACCAACUCAAACCGUCCACUGUCGUAAAUCUAGCUGUUGUGUUCUCUUAAUAUCCUCGACAGCAAAUGUCGUGUUUAACACCCUUCUCGAAGGCAUUGGUUUUAAUUUCUUACUAGUCAUACUCCCAUAAUUGUCAUAUUUCUCAUUUGUAUACGAUUACAAUGCAAUAUUCGCCAACUCUCUUUACGCGUGAUGUCGUCUUUAUAGUUUCAUGGUCUUGUGAUCAUGAAAAUAAUAAUUACAAAAACACAAAUUAAAUGAAAACAAUGACGGAGCGAGUUGAUCGUUGUGGAGUGACUUACGUUUUUUCUCUCUUGCAAACGUAGGUUAAGAAUGAAUUUCCAAGACGGGAAAGUUUUCUUCUGCGUCAAAUUUACUAA